AUGGCACUGUCUCCUUUCUUUUCGGUAGAAAGUGCAUCAAUGUGCACGGUUAUUUCGGUAUUUGGUGUGGCCAUUUUGACUGACCAAAGCAGGAGUGCUGAAUUUGGAUGGGUAUGUAAUGUGCAGAUGGGAUAUGGUUUCUCUCAUAACUGGCCAGCUCUUAUGGGCUCGACCAACGACCCCGAAAAUGGCCAGGCAGUUGGGUCAACAUGUUACGCCGCAGCGGUGAUCUAUGCCGCUAUGAUUGCAUUUUGUGGAUGUCAGAUCGGUCUGCACAAGCGCAAGGCGCGAGGAGGUGAUAUUGCCAUCUGA